AUGAGUGGAAAAAAGCGAGUCUACUAUCUUUAUGAUGAUGAAGUUGGCGACUAUCUUUACUCACCAACACAUCCUAUGAAACCACAUAGAAUAAGAAUGGCUCACAAUCUCAUCUUGGCCUAUGAUUUGUUCCCUCACAUGCAUGUUCUCAAACCACGCCGUGCCACAGCAACAGAUAUGACACGUUUUCAUACAGACGAGUAUAUUCAAUUCCUUCAAAUGAUUUCACCGCAAAAUACGAAAACAUUAUCAGGAGUCAUGGAAAAAUUUAACGUAGGAGAAGAUUCACCUGUGUUUGCAGGCUUGUUUGAGUUCUGUUCUAUCUCAGCUGGUGGAUCCAUCAAUGGUGCUGAAAUUCUUAAUGAUGGCAAAGCAGAUAUCGCAAUUAAUUGGGCUGGCGGCCUCCACCAUGCCAAGAAAUCCGAAGCAAGUGGUUUCUGCUACGUAGCUGAUUGUGUUUUAGGCCUCCUAAAGCUUUUAGAACGUUAUCAGCGUGUUAUGUAUAUUGAUAUCGAUAUUCAUCAUGGAGAUGGCGUCGAAGAAGCCUUUUAUACUACAGAUCGUUGCCUUACAGUCUCAUUCCAUAAAUAUGGUGAGUAUUUCCCAGGAACUGGCGCAGUUACAGAUAUUGGAAUUGGCCGCGGAAAGCAUUACGCGAUCAACGUACCUCUCCACGAUGGCAUUACAGACAUAGCAUUUGAUGUCCUCUUCAAGGAUGUCAUUGGAACAGCCAUUGAAUGGUAUCGACCACAAGCAAUUUUAUUACAAUGCGGCGCCGACUCUCUAAGAGGCGAUCGACUCGGAGCCUUCAAUCUUACUAUCCGUGGACAUGGCGAAUGCGUUCGCUAUGUCAAAUCUUUCGGAAUUCCACUUCUUGUCACAGGAGGUGGCGGUUAUACGGUCAGAAACGUUGCCAGAUGCUGGGCAUACGAAACAGCUGUCCUCCUUGACCAAGAAAUUGACGAUGACUUACCUUACAACGAUUAUCUCGGUUAUUACGGACCAGAUUACCACCUCCACUUGCAACCAUCGAACAUGGAGAACCAGAACUCUCCCGAAUACGUGCAGUCUAUCACCAGGCAGAUCUUUGAUAGCAUUAAAGCUGCUCCUCCAACUCCAUGCACCGGAUUAACUGGAGAUGACCCUUGUGCGCUCUUGCAAGAUUCGGAUACAACGGAUUCUGACUAUGAUGUAAGCGAUGACGAUGAUAGAUCUGACGAAGAAACUGAAGGAUCUUCAACCAACUAA